GAAGACAAGGAGAGAAGAGAAAAGAAAGAAAGAAAUUAAGAAAGAAAGAAAGAAAGAAAGAUGGCUCGCCGAUCCCAGGGUACCAAACUCCAUUUAGCAGUUAUGUGUCUAGUUGUGUCCUGCCAUGCCAUUGGCCUCAGUGACCUAAUGGAGAGAGCUUCCCAGCGAUCAGACAAGCUUCACUCACUCAGCACUUCCCUCACCAAGGACCUGGACUCUCACUUUCCACCCAUGGGACGAGUGAUGAUGCCACGCCCCUCUAUGUGUCACACCUCCUCACUACAGACACCCAAGGACAAGGAGCAAGCACUCAGAGUAUCGGAGAAUGAGCUGAUCUCCCUGGCUCGCUCCCUCCUCCUGGCCUGGAACGAUCCCCUGCUGCUGCUCUCCUCCGAGGCGCCCACUCUGCCGCACCCCUCCAACGGCGACAUCAGCAGUAAGAUCAGGGAACUGCAGGACUACUCCAAGAGCCUGGGAGACGGACUGGACAUACUGGUUAACAAGAUGGGCCCGUCAUCCCAGUACAUUUCUUCAAUCCCCUUCAAGGGUGGAGACCUCGGCAAUGACAAGACCUCCCGCCUCAUCAACUUCCACUUCCUCAUGUCCUGCUUCCGCAGGGACUCCCACAAAAUUGACAGUUUCCUCAAGGUCCUUCGAUGCCGGGCUACCAAAAUGCGACCCGAAACAUGUUAGGAGAAAAUGGCAGCCAUUUUGGUUGUGGAUUGUUCUAUUUUCAAACUGAUACAGACGGAGACAAAAUGGGGUAGCCGUUUGAAGGACAAUUCAGGGGAUUGGUUUGUUAAGUUUGAUUUUGUGACAUGACUAAUGCUCUCUGUCAUCUAGAUUACCUUUGGACUAUUCAUAGACUAUAUAUUAUAUUCAACACCUGUCAUCUGAACCACAUUUUACCAGUGUAAUAUACAAUUCAAGAGGUUUUAUUAUUGUUUAUGUUCUGUAAUGCAUUUAAUCAACAAUAUUCAACCUAAUAUUGGCACUUAUAAUCAUUGAAUAAUCCUCUUCAAUUAUUUAUAUAGAUAACAAAAGCAUCCCUCCAAGUCAAUCUUAGUAGAUACAGAGGGCUAUGUUGAUAGUUGACCAAUGACCAUCAUGAUAACAUUUGCACUUUAGAAUAUGAUUUUCUCAAGUCACUUAUAGAACUUCCCUUAUACUAUACACAAUGUACUGUUUCAUUAAAUACCAAGAAAAUCUUCAUUGCAUUAUAAAACAUGAAUACUUGCAGUCCAACCAGAGUUGUAGAUCUCUUUAAAUUGUGAAACCGGGUUCAGAAUUUUGCGGGCACUGUGUUACAUUGUUAUUCCUGUAUUACUGUAUGGUAACAUACUGUAGGUAUAUGAUGAGAGAGAGUGGGCUUUCAAAACACCCAGACCCUCGGAGCCUUUCUCGGUGAGAGAGAGCAAUGCAACAGCCGGGUGAAAACCUGACUCCUCUCCUAGCCGCUCUGUAAACCGACACCUGUUCGCCACAUUUGACAGCUCUGCUCUAGUCAAGAAGAACACGAAGCAAAAUCAGAGCGCAACCAAGCAGCCUACCGUGCCAGCGUGAGUCAACAUGUCAGACUAUGAAGUGUCAGUGCAGCAGCUCAAUGAUCUGUGUGCCAACAGUGACGGUUACUACAGCAUGCCAACACACCAUGUCGACGAGGUGUUCACCAGGAUAUAUGUUGAAAAUGCGUUUGUGGCCAUGAACACGAUGCGUCUGAAGAAGCUAGGCAUCACCCACAUCCUGAAUGCAGCGGAAGGCAACUCCUUCAUGCACGUCAACACCAACGCAGAGUUCUAGGCUGGCACGGGCAUCACAUACUAUGGCAUGGCCGCCAGUGACACAGACCACUUUGACCUCAGCGUCUACUUCGAGGAGGGGGCGGACUUCAUCGAGAAGAUGGGAAGAGUAAAGUGUACGUCCACUGCAGAGAGGGCUACAGCCGCUCCCCAACGCUGGUCAUCGCCUACCUGAUGCUGCGCCACAGGAUGGACGUUCGCUCCGCCCUUUCCAUGGUACGA